AAGAACAAAAAAAUUGAUUGCAAAUGCGUUUCAGAUUUUAGUUUGUUGUGCGUUUGUGUAACGUUUAAGUUUUUAUUUUUUUUCUGAAGAGCAUAAAAUAACUACGUCCUUAACUCAUGCCCGUCAUCGUAUUAUCUUCAAUUUAUUUAAAAAUAUAUACAGGUCAGGGAAAUUAAAAAAAAUGGCAUACCAUUACUCCGACUUAGGUAUGCCAGCAGAAAUUAAUGAACAAUAUAUUCCGGAGUAUAAACCUUACAUGGUUCAAAGCCCAGAUGCUGAAUAUGAAGUCAGGUCCACAGUACUUGAUGAUAGAGGAGAAGGAAGCAUAUCAGCUGUGACAUUUGAUAAAUUUGAAGAGUUAAUUUGGGUGGGAAACACAAGAGGACAUAUUACUUCAUACCAUGGCCCACAAAUGAGUAGAUACACAGCUUUCAGGGUUCACAUGACAGAAGAAAUACGUGAUAUUAUUACCCUUGAUCAAGGACUAUUUAUUUUGUCAAAGACACAAUUGAGGCAUCAAAUUCGCAGAGGUCUUGUGAAGCAUACACACACAUCAGAAAAUUUAAAAGAGAUGCAAUGCCUCUUUCAAUCCAGUCCAACAAAUAUUUUAAUGGGCGGCCAUCAGGACACAAUUAUUGAUUUUGAUGUCACAAAUAUGAAAGAAUCUAUUAUUCCGAUAACUGAAGAUGGCUGUGCGGUGUUAAGAAGUGGGGGUGGUUCGCUAGUUGCGUGUGGGAGUGCUAACGGGACUGUCUCGAUGCGUGAUAUAAGAAGUCCGGUGGUGGCCGAGCACACGUUCAAAGCGCACAGUGCCUGCCUGUCUGACUUGGAUAUGCAGGGCAACUUGCUUAUCACAUCUGGAUUUGCACAAACAAGCACAAUGGCCGUAGCCGAACAGUACGUGUUAGUGUGGGAUGUACGUCAGUUGAAAGCCGGUGGGGCGUGGUCACUUCCGGUGGCAUCGCCGCCAUUAUUACUCCACUUCCUGCCAUCGGUUUCCGGUCGAGCCCUCGCAAUGGCCAGUGCUGGACACGUGGCAUUGCUCAAUGUUAACAAUAAAAGUGAAUCUGGAAAGCAAUCCGUUUUUCAAGUUGACACCCAAGGCUCUCUAUGCACUGUCAUGGACGUGUCGAGCACCAGCCAAGCAUUUGUCUUUGGGGAUCAAUCGGGGCACGUACAUCUGUUCUCUUCUAAGCAUAAUAAUGAACCCGUGUUCAAUAACUUCUCAAGAGAAACAACAUUUGCGACCCCGGUUCGUUUGCCGUACGUGGGUUUCAGUGAGACGUUCAGCUUCUCAUCAAUACCUCUUCCGCCUCUCGCUAGUGGGUCCAAGUGGUUCCACGACCUUCCUGAAGAGUUCCUCAAAAAGGUUUCCAGGAAACCUCGACCAAUCGACCCAGAAAUUCUUAAGACCAUGAAAAUGAAAGGACCCAUCGGGUAUGCUCCCAAUCCUGGUACUAGGAGACGUAAUGAGUAUCCAUACAUAGAUGACAAUUUGGAAGAUAUUAAACAACCAAAACCAAUAGACGAAACGGCGUUGUCUAUUAGACCAAUUCCAAGUUCAUAUCAGAAGGUCGAAGUAAGGUAUAAUAAAAAUGAGCCGAACGCAAUUUUGGAUAAUAUAAAUAGAACAGGUCUAACGGGAAUCGAAGCUACUCUGCCCAAUUCUUACUGUAAUUCGAUGAUUCAGGUCCUAUACAACAUGCCGCCUCUGAAGUCGACUCUGAUAGCUCACACGUGCGCGAAGGAGUUUUGUCUCACUUGCGAGUUAGGUUUCCUAUUCAGGAUGCUUGACACCUCUGGAGGGGCGCCGUGUCAAGCGACUAACUUCUUAAGGGCGUUUCGUACCGUGCCUGAAGCUGCCGCGCUUGGACUGAUAUUGCCCGAUCGGGGCAUCGAUAGAAAGAUUGAUCUCGUUGCCCUUAUUCAGAGCUGGAAUAGAUUCAUUCUUCACCAAAUCCAUUAUGAGCUUUUGGAGACUCGCAAAAAGGAGAAAGAGUUGGCGCUCCUCUCGGAAAAUACCCCACAUAAGACAGAUCGAUUAAAAAAUCACUUAAAGAAACCAAUUAAUGGUCAAAUUGAGGGAUAUAAAUACACCGAACUCGAGUUUCUGAAUCUUGGUCCUUCGGAGACGGAACACGAACUACAAAAUGGUAUAAACGAAAAAUGGGUAGAUAAAGCAAUGAUGAAUCACACGGAGAAACUUCAAAGUAAUAUAGACAAAGAGCUAUCUAAUGAGCACUGUGAGAGGGAGGAGUCAGAAAUCUCAGAAUUAUUUGCGAUUGCCCGACAGCAGUUGAAUAGGUGUCUUAAGUGUAAUAAGGAAGAGGAACGCGAAUCGGUGGUGCUGGCUUGUGCCCUCCAAUAUGCGACGAGAGACAACGAACGCACGUGCGGUUUUUUGGAGCUCGUACGUGCGUCGUUAUGUGCACGUCGGUCUACGCCCGCCUGGUGCGAGCGAUGCGCGAAGUUUACGCCCACCACACAGCGCGGGCGGCUGGUUAGGUUACCCCCAAUAUUGGCGAUCAACUGUGGAGCAGUGACAGCUGAAGAGAAAUUGUUCUGGGCGAAAGGGACUACUAAAGAAACGCCUGAAGCCAUUAAACGCAGCGGGAACGUUAAGCCAUGUAGGUAUGGACUGCACUGCGCAAGGCCUGGCUGCAGAUUUAAGCAUCCAGAUAGGCAGAGUCCGUCCCAGAGCAAUCCAGUUAAGAGCGAGACGCAAGAUGUGAGCUGUGUGAUUCCGCACCAACUGCACAUUCGUCUCCAGCCCGAUGGGGACAUCACUAUUAGUGAUAAGGCGGAACAGGUAGACAAGCACAAAAAGAAGCCAAAAUCUGAAGCGGAAUAUGCGCUGACAGCGGCCGUUGUGUGCGUCGAAGACAGUCCCAGAAAUCUCGUGGCGUAUAUCAGGAUCGCUGAUAAGGAAAACGCGCAUUGGUACCUUUAUAAUGAUUUGGGGAUUGUGUCUGUGAAUGAAGAGGAGGUCUCCCAAUUCAGUCCUUGGUGGAAAACACCUUGCGUACUCUUUUACACUAGUCCCAGAGCAUUGCACGCUAAAGAUGUCGCUAGUGUCUCCUAGCGUAGCUGUUACGGUCCGUUUGCAUAUUGCAACGGUCCACACGAGGAAGACGUUAAAUUUAUGCGAUGAUAUCCACUUUUACAUUAAACUCAAAACUGUAUUUUAUCGAAAAAUAUUUUAACGAUUAAACGGUUUUUAUAUCCAAAGCGAUUUACGCGAGAACAUAUUUUUAAAUCAUUGCUGCGUUAACUUUUAAACACUGUAAAAUAUCGUUAUUAAUAGAAAGCUCAAUUUGAACCUACGGCUCGUAGGAUUAACGAGUCGUAUUUGGAUAUAAAAACCCUAAAUGCCUUAAGAAAUUGAAUUGUCAUGCCUUGGGUUCGUAUAUACCACUGUAAGUACAACAGUAUUUAUACGUUGGUCUGAAUCGGUAUUUUUAAUACACUCCAAUAUUUGAUAAGUAGGUUAAGUAGCGUAGUUAUUUUUUUAGGUGCAAAGUUCCAUAGUAGGCACAAUUAAAGCUAGCUUACAUUUCUUUAUAAUGUACUUAAAGGCCGAUUUACUGGUGGAAAUUAAUCUAAAAUGGCGUUAGAAAACUGUUGUGCCCUAAAAACUGGCUACCAUGGUAACAAAUCAUGUUUUACAACAGAUAAAGUCAUCAAUUUACACAUAUGAUUUUUUAUAAAUUUGAGUGUUGCUUUUUUGCCUAAUAUCAGCCGUUCAAUUAUCCGCCUAGCCGUUUAACUGACGGCCUGAAUGAUAUUCAGCCAGUUGAUUGAACAGCUAGGCACAUGAUUUGGAUCUAUGACGUUUCAUUACUUGCCUUGCAUGCUCACUGUUAUUUUAAAUUUAAAUCCACUUUCAAACUUGAAACAAAAUAUUCAAACUGUCAAUAUGGCGUCGGGAAACCACAACUUUGAUGGUCUCUUCCAAAAUUCAUACAAAAACAACAAGUACAAUUGGAGAGUGUAGAAACAAUAAUGUGAAUUUGACUCAAGCAAUUUUAUUUAAAAGAAAUAAUUUUGUAUGUCAUAUGUUAAAUCUUUGUUAUUUAUGCCAAAUAAUGACGUCAGCAUUGGCCAGCCAGUUUAUUAAAUGUUGUAACAAACGCUACGGCUGAAUAUCAGGCUGUUAGUUAAACGACUAGGUUGUUAAUUCAACGGCUAAUUAAAUUAGUUGGCUGCGACAUAAUAUUUGCCGGUAUUGUCGCCAUUUUAGAUUCAUUUUCAUGUUUAGAUGACUAUAAAAAUCUAAAAAAUGUUUGUAUCACAUUGUGUUCACACAGAGAUAUGAAGACUGUAAUAAAUAUUUUGAUUUAAAAAAAAAGUUCCGCAAUGUUCGUUUGGCCAGGGGUAUUUAUAAGUCAGAACUAAAAUCUAAGUUAAUUAGCGAACAAGCUAUGAAAGUCUUAGUUCUAAGUUGUAUAUAUGUUGAUACAAAUAAAUAUGUGUGUUUGUAAUUAAACUCUUCCUAAAUGUCUGGACCGGUUUGAUGACAUUUUUGUAUUUGUUAGGUUGUAUUCAAGACGUGUACAGGUGAUGUACGUUAGGUUUCGCUAGUGCUGUAUAUUUGGUCGAUAGUUUGUCUUAAACUGAAAAGGCGUUUAUUUAUUUGUUUUAUGUCUGCUUUGCAGUCAUAAUGACGAAGGAGUUAAAUAAAAAAGUUUGAAUCUGGUUUAAUAUAUAGUUUAGUGAAUCGGUCUUAAAAUUCUUCCAAAAAACGCUAAAACAAAGAAAAUAGAGAGAGGAUGAUAUAUUUCUAAUUAUUUUUAUACAUAGAAAUGCAGCCUUUUCCUCUUUUUUUAAUCCCGAGUUCUAUAUUAAGUCGGAAUUGCAAUGGAUUUACUAUAUGAAAAUACUUGUAGAAACUGCUAUGAAAAUCUAAGAAAUUUUAAUAAGAUUAUGAAACAUUUUGCAAAAUUCUGAAUAAAGAUGGUCCGUUUCACAUCGCCCUCUUAGCCACGUCUGACAUUUGCUUAUGACGUCGCUAUCUUUGCUUGGGACGGCAAAGAUGUUCUUGUGGGUUCCAAUUAAGCGGCUUAAGCAUCACUUAAUACUUAUACAAACUCGAUAUAAAUCAAAGUUGUAAAAAGAAAUCCAUAUUUACACUGUGACCGACUUGAUAUAGAACUCGUAAACUGAAUUGCACUAAAUUAAGUUCAAUAAACAAUAGCAGUUCUAGUAAUUUGAUAUGAUUUUGCCAAUUUCAACCAGUAAUUGAAUAAGGGGCCGUUCAAGUAUUACGUAAGUACAUUUACUGCAAUUUAUCUCCUCCACCCCUCUUGUCAGCAAAAGUAAGCAAAACUGUCAAAAAUAAAUACCUAAACG